AUGGCAGAGCGAAGGGGCUCAAGUGGUGCCAAUGGUGUGCUCAAUAGCUUGAAUCCGCAGAGGUUCACGUCUCAAAUUCCAUCAAUUGGUGGAAACACGAACAAGAAGGGCGUACCUGGCACGAACGCUGCUCUUACGGACAUGAUAAACAAGAGUCUGGCACGGAACGGCCGGAGCUCUCUUUCAAGACCUGUGCCCGAGGUGCGAAAGUCUCUCCGGCGGAGUCUGCGAUCUUCGCAGCGGCCUUCGAUUGUUCCCGGCGGGGGUCCGUCAGCUUACGGUGCGCUGCAGAGUACCCGCGACCCGCGACCUCUCCGUGACAAAAACUACCAGGCAGUGUUGCAGCAGGAGAUAUUUGAUUAUCUGCAGUCGCGCAAGUUUGACAUAGAAACUGGGCAUGCGAUAUCACUGAAGUCAUUGAAACAGCCCACGCAGAAAGACUUCAUAUGCAUAUUUCGCUGGCUAUACCGCAGGCUUGAUCCUGGUUACUCUUUCAAAAGAUCUCUGGAGACUGAAGUUUAUUCCAUUUUGAAGACAAUUCAAUACCCAUUCCUCGAUACAAUCAACAAGUCCCAAAUAUCUGCAGUGGGGGGUUCUAACUGGCACAAGUUUCUCGGAAUGCUCCACUGGCUUAUGAACACAAGCCAGCGUUUGGACUCGUGUUUACACAAGCUGGAUGAAUCGAAGACUAUGCAGCUUACCCAAGAUAUCACAAUAUUGAACCAGCCUGUCACCACGCUGGAUGAGCAGGAUGAGAAACAUGAACAGUAUGAGCUCAUGGUUGAAAGGCUGUUCAUCGAGUACAUUUCCAAGUGCUACAAAUCUUUUAUUAAUAUGGAAGAUGACUUUAGUCCUUUUAAAGAGGAACUAGAGAUCGGCUUUGAUAGAUUUGUCCACAUCAUCGAGACAGACAUCAAUAAUCUCGGUCGGCAAGAGGAAAUGCUGCAACAGGACUGUGAGAUGUUCGCUGCACGAUGUGAAGGACUAAAGCUUGCACGCAGUAAGCACCAAGCUCUUAAAGGAGACCUGGUGAAAUUCCAGAACUAUAUAAACGCAAUGAAGAACAAAGCGGAAGAUUGGCCCAGGAAAUUAAAUCAGAUGGUGGAGGAGAUAAACGAAAAGAAGGGCUUGAUAAAGGAUAUACAUGCAGAAAUAGAUAAACUGCGGCAGGCACUCAGCCAAGAAGACAUUCAAGAGAUCGAUCAGAUGAAUCAGCAGCGGGACACAUUUUCAAAAAUGCUUGACACAGUCUCCUCCAAAUUAGAUAAUCUGACAGGUUCGGUUAAAAGCCAAAAGCUGAAUCUUGAAUCCUCUUCUAAAGUGUUUCUUGAUACUUUAGAAAAGUUCAAUGCCUCGAUCAACGGGUUUGUGCUUGCAAGGAACAACUUGCAGCAUCCAAUUAAUCCUGCAGAACUACUAAUCCCUGUAAAGGCUAAUAUAACUUUGACUGAUUCCACCGCAAUAACUCCAAGUACGAUACUUGAAGGCUGUACAGAUAUUUUGUCAUCCAUUAAGCCAAAUUUACUCAAAGUGAACAAGGAAAUCGAUGAAAGAAUAUCAGCGCUUCAAACUGAGAAUAACCAGCUAGAGAAAGAACUUCGUGGUUUACGAGAUACUAUAACUAGUAAAGGCCAUAUGCUUGAAUCGAUGGAAAAUGAACUCUCCAACAUUAAGUCUGAAUAUGACGAAUACCAACAGGUCAGUCACAGUAAACUUCUUUCACAGAGAAUAGAAAUUGAAAAAUUGGAAAGAAAGAUACAAAACGAUCGACACAAAACGCAGCAGCGGGUAGCGCAAGCCGAACAAGAGAUUGAAGAUGCCGCAUUUAAAUUGAAAGAGUUGACUCUUAAAAUUCAACAAGAAAGGGUAGUUUUACACAGGAAGCUAAUCAAGGUUAUUGAGUAUGUUGUGUCCUUCAAAAUGGAUGUUCAGGGUUCAAUUGAAGCUCUGCACGACUUCUCGGUAGAACAGCUAGAGUCUUUGUGA